AUGGACUUGAUUUGGCUGCAGGUGGAGCAGCUGAUGGAGCAGGGAACCAGGACUCGAACCACCGCUGCCACUCAAAUGAACGCCAACAGCAGCCGCUCACACAUGCUCAUUAUCCUGCAGCUCAAACAGAUUGCCACUCUGAGUCCUGCAGAUAUCUGCUAUGAGGAGUCUCUCUCCACCCUGCGCUACGCUGAAAGGGCAAAACGAAUCCAAAACAGGGCAGUGGUGAACGAGAGCCCCACUGAACGCCUUGUUAAAGAGUUGAAGGCUGAAAACGCCAGACUGCUGCAGAAACUGAGCCGGAUGGACCAGGAGGGGCGCAGAGCCACGGAUGAGUCCAAGGAACUUCGUCAGCUGUUGACCCAGAAUGAGCUCCAGAUCAGAGCCAUUCAGACUCUGUGGGAGCAACACCUGCAGGAGGCGCUCAAAGACUGGGAGCAGCAGUAUGCCAACAUCACACAGGAGAGGAGGAUGAUGCAGAUGUAUCCUUACGUCCUGAACAUCAACGAGGAUGCUCAGUUGUCAGGCGUGGUGAAGCUUUUCAUCCAGGAGGGUGAGUGGGGCAUCGGACUCUGUGACUCCGCCCCUAGAUCCAUUUCUAUCAAGGGCUUAGGGAUCCAGGAGCAUCAUGCGGUGUUCAGGAAUGARCAGCGGCGGGUAACACUGACUCCACUGACGGGGUCAAAGGUUAUUGUUAAUGGGAACGCMGUGUAUGAGACAGCAGAGCUGCAACACCUGGAUCGUCUCAUUCUCGGCUCAAAUUGUACCUACCUGUUUGUUGGUUAUCCAUCUGAGAGGGGCGGGGAAGACUGGAGUCGCUACGACUACGAUUACUUCCAGUCAGAGCUGGCUGCUGCUGAGGGCAUCCACCUGAGUGAGUCCAACACUGGCUGUAGCCAGACAGAUCCCAGUCUGUUGGCGGUCUUCUACGACUACAUUCAGCUGAUGCCUAUGGUGGCCGAGGCCAACCAGAUGAGUCAGGAACUGAGCAAGGGAGUUGAAUUUAAGCUGGAAAUCAAAAAUCUGGCCCUGUCGGAUUCUAGAGGUCACGAUCUACAGAAGGACAUUGUUGUCAGAGUGACCACUGCAGGAAGCAAACAGGUCUGGAUGUGGUCCAAAGCCAAGUUUGUCAACCGCAAGUUUUUGAUGGAGGAGGUCUAUCAGCAGUUCAAGGCUGCACAACACGAGGACAAUAGAGUGGAGGGCCUUCCAGCUGUAGUGCUACCGAGAGAUAAAGACCCUUUCUGGGAUCCAGUCGAGCCUCUGCUCCUGGGAACAGGUCACCUCUGGCUGCAGUCUUUGGCCUUCCGCAUCCCUCUGGAGGAGCAGCUGGAGGUGUUGGGCUCAGAGGGGACAGAGGAGGCCAUCCUACAAGCUCAGCUCGUCCCCUGCACUUCCACUGGACUGCCACUGGGGGAGGACGACAUCCUGAUUGACCCGUCUGAAGUACUGGGUCGACGAUUGGACUUCCAGCUGGUCCUGGAUCAGUGCUGUGGGGUUCGUUGGAUUAGGGAAGCUCGCAAUCGAGGGAUACAAAUCGGUUUCAGGGUAUUUGAUUGCAGCGAGCCGCUUUACACUCCAGCUGUGUGGCACAACAUCAAUCCUCUGUUGGAUCACCKGGUCCAGUUCACCUCCCUCCAAACAUCCCAACGACUGCUGGACUACCUGCAAAGCAGUGCUGUGGUGUUGGAGCUCUGGGGUCUUCAGGAGAGUUGCAGUGUUUUGAGUUCAUCUCUUGGAGCUGUGAGAAUGACUGCAGAGGGCGUCUUUAUCAUCGACAUGCUGCAUCCAUCACAAGCUGCACUAUCGGACUCUGCUGAGCUCAGCUGUUCAGUCAGAGCUCUUCAACAGGACUUGGAGGAACUGAAGAGUCUGAACGAAUCAUUAAGGAAAGAAAACCACAGUCUGAGAGAACAGCUCAACGCAGUCAAGAACGGCGGAGACGGCGCUCGUGGUCGUUCGCUACGUCCCAGCUGUGAUGCAGAGUUUGCACGCGCCCUGAAAGUUUUCUACCACAGCAUGACCUCUGUUAAGGGUCAGCUGCAGCGCUUACGCAGACACAGACCCAGUGAGGAGUCGGACCUGCUGGGACUCAGACUGUUUGUGGACGAGCAGAGUCGUCUGCUGAGGGACUUCUCUGAGCAGCUGGAGGACGGCGUCUCCACACUCAAGCAAGACGUAGCGGCCAUUGUCCGCCGCAAAAGAGAACGCUCGGGCAUCUGGUCUUAACUCGGUGUUUGUUGAUUUGAGAAACUGUAAGUACCUCCAGCUAUUCUUUGCAUCCCGACACAACAGAAAUGGAAAUCACAACAGAGAAAAACUCAAGUCUUAAAAAAGUUUAUUAGACUGCAUGUAAAAUAAGCUUUUACAUUACAACUGCAAAUAAAUUAAGUCAAGUUUUAAAAAUCCUAGUUGGAGCUACUUGAGCUCUUCCCCCCCCUCCCCCCCAUGCUUUACUGUUAAAGGUUUAUGAAGACAGACUUGUGUGAACAUGAAUGUUUAAAAGCUGAGAGCUUGUUUUUAUUUUUUUUCUCCAGCCAUGUUGAGAGAAAAGCACUCUGGUUAAUGCAUGUAAGCAGCCAUGGUAAAUACAGACGAUUGCUGUAGGUCCAAAAAUGGGAUWUAGGACAAAAACAAAGGCAGAUCAGUCAUCAUACAGAAAAUCUAUGUACAAGGUAAUGAAGGCAUAGAAACACAGACUGGGCCUGAUGUGGUUAUUGCAUAACUGCAAGGUCAGAAUUUGCACAAUCUUGAUGAAAACUGUGUUUUCCUGUUUGAAAGGCUAAAAUGUUUUUAAUUUGCUAGGAAUUGAGCACACAAAGCCGGUCAGAAGUAUGUUGGGGUUCGAACUCAAGAGGUAGACUUAAAAACCACAAAGCGAGCUGGCACCACCAUUUUGACUGAUGUAUGCUGAGCACUUCUUUACUUUGGAGAAAGCACCCAGUGACGUGAAUGCAGAACAGGAGAAGGCUGAGGGUAAAGGUGAGGUAGGUUAGUUCAACGACAAAGGAUUAGGACUCAAACUGCAAGAAAACAAUAUUUACAGGUUGUUACAUUUACAGGCAGACAAUAAAAGUCGGCCUAAUAAAGUAUAAUGAAUGUUCUUCUGCUAGUUAGCUGCACCUGUCGAGGCAGGUCUGAAGACAAACAGCAUGAACAGGGGUGGAUAUUACAACACUUGUAAAAAAUUAAGUCUCAAACAAAUCUGUCAAUCUUUAGAGAAACACAAGUCUGAGUUUUAAAUGAUGCAGUUGAUACUGGAAUACUUUAAAUUACAGAUAUGUUUAUACAGUUAAUUCUCCAUUGGGCUUGAUGACUGAUUCUCCUUAAAGUGUUAACAUCCAAUAAAAUACAGAGGUUUGCUGAAUUUAUGGCAGAUAUUUCUA